GCAAGUCCGUCCCCCACAUCCCCACUUGACCCCCGCUAACCAGACACAUGAUAUAUACAGGAGUAAGUGACCCCGAUCCUUAUUGCCAGCCUGCCUGUACUACUAUGACGGGAACUGUCUACGGACCAAGUCUUCUCGCGGGACUGAGACCUAGACCGAGACCAAAACUAAAACUAAAACGGAGUCGAACAGAACGCCGCGUCAAAUGCGACGAGCAGCGUCCCGCCUGUCUGCGAUGCACGUCCACCGAUCGUCCCUGCGACGGGUAUAGAGAUCCACCAGCCCUAACCCCAACAUCCUCCUCCUCAUCCUCAUACCCCACCACAGCGACAGCGAAACUACCCCCCAAGCCAAUCGCACGAUCAAGACCGCUCCUCACCCGCCCCCUCAGCAUCCCCGCCUACCACCUCUUCCCCUGCGACCAGGAGCGCCGCUCCUUCCAGUUCUUCCUGACGAGGACCGUCCCCCAGCUAGCCGGCGACUUCGAAUGCGCCUUCUGGGAACGUCUCCUGCUGCAGUCUGUUCACCAGGAGCCGGCUAUUCGUCAUGUCACUGUUGCGCUGGGGUCCCUGCAUGAGUCCUUUGAGCAGGAUGCUGAUGCAGGCCCCUUUCCUGGGGGUUUGGCGGCGGCGAGAAGCUCACGUACACAUACACAUACGCGUGCGGAAACGGAAAUGGAAAUGGAAACGGGAACGGGAACGGCAUCGUUCGCCCUGCGCCAGUAUCUGCGCGGUAUGCGGUGUCUGAUGCCCAUGUCGGGGAGCGGCCGGGAGGUGCCCUUGGAUGUGUGCUUGAUCUCGUGCGUCUUGUUUGCUUGUUUCGAGGCUAUGCGCGGUCACUACGGUCCCGCCAUCACGCACAUCACCAGCGGAUUGAAUAUCCUCAGCGAGCUUCGAACCACUACGUCCACUCCCACAUCCAAUAGCUCCGUGACUUCGACUUCUUUGAGCGUCGGACGCACACCCUACGUCCCAAUAGACAUUCUAUGCGGGCUGUUCACUCGCCUGCAGGCGCAGAUCAUUGUGACAAUCCACCGCAUCGGCGCUGCGCGUUGCAACCUCUGGCCCACCCUUACCAUCGACCUGCACCAACCCAUCAUAUUCCACUCGUUAGCCGACGCCCGCGAAACCCUCGAGAUCUACACCUACUACUACCGCCAGCGCAGCACCGAGCUGCAAUACCCAAACCCAGGCACAGACCCCACGACCUCCCCAUCCCCCAGCCCUAACCCAAACCUCGCAGCCGUCACCCUGCGCGACACCUGCCUGAUCCUGCUUUCGCGGUGGUCCGCCGCGCUGGACGACUUCCUGCGUGCGCGCAGUCUCGGCCAUGCCCCCCUGACGGCCCGCGAACGCCGCGCCGUCGCCGUCCUCCAGCUGCGGAAGAUCGAUUGUGUCGUCGCGCUGGAUAGUCUCCAGGAUGCUGGGAAGGUGGAGGCUGGGGAUCAUGUGCAGUGGGAUCGGUAUUGUAAGUUUUUUGAGAGGAUGGUUGUGUUGGGGGAGGGGAUUGUGGGUGAGGAUGGGGGGUUAAACUCCCCUUCGUUGUCGUCGCCUUUUUCUUCGCCCGAGAGUACGACAAGAGAGACGGGUAUGAAGACGGAGACGGAGCCGGAGAUGACAAAGAGCAAACCGAAGAAAAAAACCUUCUCCCUCGACCUCGGCAUCAUCUCAGGCAUGUUCAAUGUCGCCGUGCGAUGCCGCGACCCGGUGAUCCGUCGACGCGCGGUGCGCGUGCUCCGUGCCUCGGCGGUGCGCGAAGGCGUGUGGGACAGCGUGGUCGUCGCAGCCGUGGCGGAGAAAUGGAUUGAGAUCGAGGAGGAAGGGCUGGGCGUUGUGGCCAGUUGUGCCGAUGUGCCUGCUGGUGCCAGGCUGGCGGAUUUCCUUCCGGUAUUUGAUGGCGAGGAAUCCAGUGCGCUGGUGUAUUUUCGUCGGGCGGAGGCGAAAGCGAUGGAUGAAGGGGGCGUGAGGAGCGAGGUUUUUACGUGGUGAUGGCCCAAUGUGUUGUGGAUGAGGGGGUAAUUUAAUAUAGAAUAAAGAUGUU